GCUUGUUUGGUUCCCGCCCCAUCACUACGUUUUUUGUUUUUUUAAUUCGUUUCAGAAAAGAGAAAACGAAGUGGCGGGAACAGGCACCAAGCUACAUAAACGAGCAUUGAAAAUAGUGCAUUUUUUAUUGUUGGGAAAGAUCCAUUUUAUUGGGGGUUUCAUUAUUUUUCGACGCUCACCCUGUGACCAUGCGGAAGUUUUUACCCAAAAUUCCAAAUACUACAUGACGUCAUGCCUGAGUGCUCGGAAAGAGUGCGCCAUAUUGAAUUAAGAAAAUAGCGAUUGAGAGAAAUCUAAUAUCAUCCAUGUUGAAUGUAAAGUAAAAUGCACUUUGGAGAGAUGUGAAUGGGAUUAAGCGAGGAGUCUGAUUAUAUUGUUCUUCUCAUUUAUUGCAUAUUAUGGCAGGAAAUGGUGGAGAUAUCCAGUGGUGCUUCUCGCAAGUGAAGGGUGCCAUAGAGACUGAAGAUGUCACUGAAGCUGACAUCAUUUCCUGUGUGGAGUUCAACAGCACAGGUGACCUACUAGCAACAGGAGACAAAGGAGGGCGCGUGGUCAUCUUCCAACGAGACAAAGCCGGGAAAAUUGCCUUACCACCAAGAGGAGAGUACAAUGUGUACAGUACAUUUCAAAGUCACGAGCCAGAGUUUGACUACCUCAAAAGUUUAGAAAUCGAAGAGAAAAUCAACAAGAUACGAUGGUUAAAACGAACAAAUCCAGCCAAUUUCUUGCUGUCAACAAAUGAUAAGACCAUCAAGCUGUGGAAGGUGACAGAGAGAGACAAACGGCCUGAGGGUUACAAUCUGAAGGAUGAAUCCGGACUGAUGAAGGACCCCUCCAAUCUGACCAGCCUCAGGGUGCCCAGCUUUAAGCCCAUGGAGUUGAUGGUCGAGGCCAGUCCACGUCGAAUCUUUGCAAACGCUCACACUUACCACAUCAACUCAAUCUCUGUCAACAGUGACCAGGAAACAUACUUGUCAGCAGAUGACCUCCGCAUUAACCUUUGGCAUUUGGAGGUCACUGACCAAAGUUUCAAUAUUGUGGACAUAAAGCCUGCUAAUAUGGAAGAACUAACGGAAGUGAUAACUGCUGCUGAAUUUCACCCCCAUGAGUGUAAUUUGUUUGUCUACAGCAGUAGUAAAGGCACUAUACGCCUCUGUGAUAUGAGGGAGCAGGCAUUAUGUGAUAAACAUGCUAAAUUGUUUGAGGAGCCAGAGGACCCCACCAAUAGGAGUUUUUUUUCUGAGAUUAUAUCUAGUAUAUCUGAUGUGAAGUUUAGUCAUAAUGGACGUUACAUGGUGACACGUGACUACUUGUCUAUCAAAGUAUGGGACUUGCUGAUGGAGACCAAACCAAUAGAAACGUAUCAAGUGCACGAGUACCUCAGGAGUAAAUUAUGUUCUCUGUAUGAAAAUGACUGCAUUUUCGACAAAUUUGAAUGUUCAUGGAGUGGAGAUGAUCGGCACAUUAUGACGGGCUCAUACAAUAAUUUCUUUCGAAUGUUUGACCGUGAAGCCAAAAGGGACACAACAUUGGAGGCUUGUAGAGAAAACAUGAAACUAAGAACAAUUCUAAAACCACGUAAGGUGUGUACCGGUGGAAAGAGAAAGAAGGAAGAGAUCAAUGUAGACUGUCUAGACUUCAAUAAAAAGAUUCUCCACACAGCCUGGCACCCCCUAGAAAACAUCUUGGCUGUGGCAGCCACGAAUAAUCUAUAUAUCUUCCAAAGUAAAGAUUAACGCAGUGAACAUUAGGAUAAUUUAACAAAUUAUUUUUGCUGACAUGGUGAUGCACAUGGAAGGUACACAUUUUCUCAUGACACUUGCAAAGUCCUAGACGUAGGAGCAGUGGACUGAGGAAAGAAUAGCAAUAUUUUUGUACAAAUUUUUAGUCGAGACUGGCAUUGAUGGUAAACAAGUGAUAUUCUGUGACAUGAGUUACAUAUUCAAGAUUGCAUCAUUCAAUUGCCACAAUAGUGCUGUGGAUCUCAAGUGGCAACAACCAUGCACAGCUGUUUUGAAACGUCUGUCUUAGAUGACCAAAGCCUUCCUAUGUCUGUAUUGGUGCAUUAUGUAUUGCAUUGUCUGUAGUGUUAGGCCUGUAAAUCUGUGGGUAGAAUAAUUUCUAGUCACUAUCCCCAUGCUCCGCCUGGCACAGACAUUUACUGAAUCGAGGUGCAAUAAAUGCCAUGAAGUCUCUUGCAAUUGAAGGAGGUGAUGAAAAUUUACAAAAGCAUUCCUUGAAUACUGUCACAGCAUUGGUGAUCUUGCCAACAUUUAAUAUUUUAUUAUUUUCUGCUAAACUAAAUUUAUUUGCUCAAUAUGUAAAGUGCUGGCAUUCUUAUUGGUAAAAUUGUCUGUUUCUGUUCUUAGAAGUACAAAGACAUCAUUGUAGUAAAUGGUUCAGAAGUUGUAAAGAUGACUGAUGAAUUUUAAACAAUGCUUUAUAAACUACCAUUCCAUGGAAUAGAUACAAUCGGUUCAUACAACCAUCAAGUCUUGUAGACUUGUGAUCAAAUACUCCCUUAUCUUCAGUAUACUUUAUCAGUUCCUACACCUGUAUAUGUUUUCUAUGAAAUAAAAAAAAGAAUCAAAUUGUAAUGGAAGAAUGGUUGAUGUAAAUUUUAUGUGUUCUGACAUUGUCCAACGUCUGUUUUACAAUUAUGACAAUAAUGUCAGGUUAUAAGAUGACCUGAAGAGAUGUUAUUCAAUAUUAAAAUAUUGUUACUAUA